UCUGGACCCAUAUCCAUCAUCCAAUACUUGUCUCUUCAUUUGCUUUGUUUCUCUGUUAGCAGAAAUGUCGGUUGUCAGUGCAGAAGGUGGAGUUAGAGUUAAGAUAAGGACUAGCCCAGACAUGUUCUGGAAUUAUAUUCAACACUCCAAAAAAUAUUUCCCUAAAGCUGCUAAUUCGCUAUACCUAUCAAUUUCAUCAGAUUCCAAAAAUGGUAAUGUGCGCCAUGUCACCUAUGGCCCAAGGGCUGAGAAUAUAAAAAAAUCGACUGAGACUAUCACUAAAAACGAUCGAGGAGAGUUUGCUUACACUGUAACUGGUGGUGAUAUUCUCACUAGGUUUCCAGUGACCAACUUCAAAGCUGUAAUACGUUACCCAAGAGAUCAAUGGGUGUCAUGGACUUGGACAUAUAAUUAUACAUCAGAUAAGGAAGAAGAUGCUAUUAGUGUUGACAAAGAGAUGUCAGAGAUUGCAUCUGAGACCCUGGCAAAAGUUGAUUACUAUGUUCAAAGUGAAUCCUUCAACUUUGCCGCAGCUAACUUUGCUGCAGCUGCUAAAUUGCAAGCACAGGCAUCUUAAAGCACAUAUAUAAAUAGAUUACGUGAAUAAAACAGAGCCCUGCUCUGCACUCCUCGAUCCAUGCAUAUCCGCUAGAUGCGAGUAUAUGCAUGUGGUUCUGUGCUAUGUACUGCAUGUGGCAUAGUAAAUAAAGCAGAGCCCUAUGCUUGUGAGUUUAAUGCUCUGCACUUGUGUAUUUGUCUUAAUUAUAAUAGAUUCCAGCUUUAGCUGGUUCAUCUA